AUGCUCAGUGUAGAGAAGAUUCUUGAAAAAGAACUCUCUAACGAAGAUUUUGUUCAUGUUAUGACUAUUUUAAAUGGAAAAAUAUUGCCGACCUUACCAAUUCCAGCCGAAGUACAAGAAUUGGCAGACAAGCAUGAUUUUGAGGUCAGUGCGUACGUAAUAAAUGCUUACGAGGAGCAAACUCGGAUUCCUCACAAGGUUCGUAUUGCGGCUAUUCAAAACGCGAUUGUAAAGAGUACCACUGAUCCCGUGCAACAGCAAAGACAGGCGAUACAUGACCGUGUUAAACUAAUGAUUGAAGCCGCCGCAGGCUGUGGUGCAAACAUUAUUUGUAUGCAAGAAACGUGGACCAUGCCAUUUGCAUUCUGCACUCGCGAGCGUUUGCCCUGGACGGAAUUUGCCGAAUCAGUAGAGCACGGCCCAACAACUCGACUUAUGCAAAAGCUUGCCCGUGAAUACGGCGUAGUCAUUAUUUCACCCAUACUUGAACGUGAUGAGGAUCGCGAUGAUGUUAUCUGGAAUGCAGCUGUUGUUAUAUCUCAAACUGGGCAUGUUAUUGGCAAGUCAAGGAAAAAUCAUAUUCCACGAGUAGGAGAUUUUAAUGAGUCGGCUUACUACAUGGAGUCAACCUUGGGGCAUCCAGUUUUUGAAACUGCAUUUGGUCGAAUUGCCGUAAAUAUUUGCUAUGGACGUCACCAUCCUCAAAAUUGGAUGAUGUAUGCCCUUAAUGGAGCAGAAAUUAUAUUCAAUCCCUCAGCAACCACUAGUGGACUUAGCGAACCUUUAUGGAGGAUUGAAGCAAGAAAUGCUGCGAUAGCCAACCAUGUUUAUACAGUCGCCAUCAACCGUGUUGCGCACAAGGAAUUCGGACCCUUCUUUGGGAGUUCCUAUGUUGCAGCGCCAGAUGGUUCUCGUACUCCAAGUUUAUCGCGCCUUCGUGAUGGUGUUUUAGUUGCAGAAAUUGAUCUCAAUCUGAAUCGACAGACUAAAGAUAUUUGGGGGUUUAAGAUGACUCAAAGACUAGAAUUGUAUUCAAAGGAGUUGGCUGAGGCUGCUGAUCCGUAUUACAAACCUCACAUCAUUCGCGAAGUUUGA